GUGCUAAAGAAGCGUACACUUCCAUUUUCUCGACCCUUUUGGCGAACAGAGAGCACGUGUUUGCUCGCCGGUCGCGUUCAGUUCAUUCUAUUGUGUAAAAUUUUGCAUCGGACGUAUAGUCUGUCUGAUUGUGAGGUGACGGAAGAUCAAAAGCUUCUGGUCGUCGUAGAGGCUGGUUAACAAUGAAUCCCGAAAAGUUGAAGAAGCUUCAAGCUCAAGUACGAAUCGGCGGCAAGGGAACACCCCGACGCAAGAAGAAGGUGGUGCAUGCAACUACUGCCACAGAUGAUAAAAAAUUACAAAGUUGUUUGAAAAAACUGUCUGUGAAUACAGUCCCUGGUAUAGAGGAGGUUAAUAUGAUUAAAGAUGAUGGCACUGUCAUCCAUUUCAAUAAUCCAAAAGCUCAGGCUAGUCUGUCUGCGAACACAUUUGCCAUUACUGGUCAUGGUGACAACAAACAGAUAACUGACAUGUUGCCAGGAAUAAUAAGUCAGUUGGGACCUGAAGGUGUUACACAGUUGAAACGAUUAGCGAGUACAGUUUCUGGUAGUACAGUUGGUAAAGCAACAUUGGAAGAAGACGACGAGGUGCCUAAUUUAGUGGGGAAUUUCGAUGAAGCCAGUAAAGAGGAGGUUGCUCCUAAAAAGCAAGUGGAUGAAAGUGAUAAAGCAGCUGGUGAUAAAAAAGAAGUUAUUACGAAUGAUGGAAAGAAGGAAGCCCCCUUAGCCACGCCUGAAGCUUAAAGCAUUCAGUAUCAAGCUAUUUCGUACAACUAACAGUUGUAAUUGACAAGUUGAGAAAUACAAGUUGCAAAAAGCAAUGCGUAAACGAAGUAUCACUAUACAUACGUUAUAAAUAUUUGACAUACCCUAUGAUAAUGAUAUAUGAGUAACAGUUAUCAAGAAAUAAAAGAUGCUGUUACAGAAAUCAAAAAGUUUUUAUGGACGAUGUUCUUUACUUUGUCGCAUUUGCUAACGGUAGAUUUUUGCUUUGAAUCAGCUGGAAUGAUCUUACUCUUCCUGAAUUAACGUUGUGUGACUGUUAAUUGUGUACGAGAUCUGGAGUUUGAAUUUUAGGCAUUUAAUUUGAUUGUUCAGUCACGUGUUAACGCGAUGUGAGAUUACGAUUUUUAUUACGAUUUUAUUUGUAAUAGUUUCCUCAUUGUCAUAUUGUGUUCACAUGUGUUCUUAUUUUGAUGAUAACGAACUCGAAGAAUUUAUAGGAAUAUCGAUUAGUAAAAUAAAAUGAAAUUUCCGGCAAGUGGUAACAGUACCCUUCUACCUAUUCGCAGUGACGUUAUGUAGGCGGGAAAAAAGUUUAUAUAGAGUAUAGAAAGAGUAAACAAAAAGAAAAAAAAAAAAAAAAAAAAAUGCGUGAGGCACCUCUAUUUUAAUUGAUGGAGUUAAUAUCAGUUACAGAUAAGAGUAGUUUCUUGCAGCAGCUUUCCAGCGUGGAAAAAUGAGGUGUAAUAUUUUGUAAUGUAAACUACGGAAUAAAUUCAUUUGCUGGAAAUGCGGGUUUCUACUUAAAAUUUCAUGUUUCUCCAAUACAUUGUAGUCGUAAUUUGUCAAUAUUUAUAUUUUCAUCGAUAGAAUAGAUCUGUAAUAACAGUGUACUUAUGGAAAUAUAUUAAUAAGAGCCACUCUGUAUAGUAACAUACGUUUCUUAGCAUUUUCCACUUACAGUUUAUAUUUUACAUGUGUGAACAUAACUACGUUCACGUUUGAACACUAAGAUUUUAGUUGUUAAUUUUAAAUUCAUGCAGGCGUAACGAGAGCAGUUGUAAUUUUUAGAAAUGUAUACAGCAGGAGUAUGGCAGUUUCUUGGUUUUAUUGUAUAAGACGUUUCAUUGGUGAAGCAUAUUUUUCGAUAAGUAUAGUGUUUAUUAUGCACCGAUAAUUUAUUCGAAAUUAUUAAUUUAUCGAUUAACUGAUCAGAAUUAAUUUUGCCUGUGUCGUCAUUCGGCUGUUAUAAAAUCUGAUUCGUUGUAUGAAAUUAUGUCAUGUAACAAUAGCAAGCAAGGUUUACGGUAACAAUUGCGAGAUAACCGAGCAGUAAUUGGUUUGAUAAGUUGAUGCUUUUAUCCACUUGAAUCUAUUUAGGCGGCGGGCUCAAGUAUUAAUCAUCUUUUGGACCAUAAAUAACUGGACGUUUUCAAGUUUGCUUUAUGACUACCGUCACGAGACGAUAAACGUUUGCGAUAAGUUUUGUCAUGCCAGUUUACAUAAAUAUGCGUCUUUUUAAAGACACGUUUUUUUAUGGACAUUCUAUUUCCAUGUUCUUAGCUUUCAAGGUUUCUGGUUUAAAAGAAACUAUAUGAGUUUUCAUUACACUACUUAAUCACGUGACAUAAAUGUU